AAAAAUAAUUUAAAACUUGUUGAAAUAAUAAUAAUUGUUGUGGAUAACGAAAAUUUAUGAAUCGGUAGUAAACCGCAAACGUUUUUUUGUUAGUCUCAGCUAAUUUGUAUAAAUUAUUCUUUUCCAUUUAUGCUUAUGUUGGGUUAGAUAAUAAAUUAAGUUUAGGAAGUCACACAAUGGGAAAUAAGCAAGAAAUGAAAGUAAACUCUAAGAAAAAACAACAUAUCAUCAGCCUACGUAACACCUACGUAUCGAAUCAAUUCCGAAUCGAUGUGAUCAUAAAAACGUCACCCGAUCCCUUCAAGUUUCAAAAAACGCAUCUCAAGACAUUGAAACUGCCAUUCACUGAAGCGUCUCGAAUCAAUCAAAACUCACACAGUGUGACCAGUAAUUCGCCCGAUUUGUUUACAAUAUUACCCCAAAAUGACGCUAUUAACUUGACAUUCUUUAGAAAUCUCUCCGCGACAAAAAAUCCACCACUUAACCGGCACAUUUCAUUAAACCAUUUGUGGUUUAAUGCUUUUUUCGCCACGACACCUAUAAAUAGCAAAUCUUUGCACCGAGAAUUCAGUCAUUGCACAGCUUUCUUCCAAACACUGCAACGAUGAAUCUCAUCGUGAUUGCAAUCUUUCUCCAGAUAAUAGCAUGGACCCAGGCCACGAACGCCACUGAAGACUCCGCCACGAACAAAACCAAACGCACGAUAGCGAAUCAGGUCCAGACCUACGGGGAAAACCGGCCGGUUUUGCUGUACCCGGACAACCCCGGCCCCCCUACCUUCUACGCCCCUGUUACCAUCAAGCCAGUUUUCGAUCCAGAAGUCCCCAAGCAAGUCGCCGCCCAACAAGUCCUCUACGAAUUUCAGCAAACACCAACCAAUGCGGUUUCUAACGUUCACGUGAACCAAUUCUACCAACCGGUGGGGAGCAAGCCCGAGAGUCCCCUCCCAGCGAACACAGGCCCCGCCCAGUUCAUCAGCCCUUCGGAGUCAGUGGCGGCGCCUGUGCAACACAGUGCGUUGAUCCGACAUGGGCAAAAUUUUGCACAGGUUCAAUUCCAACCACAACAUAUACAAACCCAGCAGUACGUCCCUGGAAAGUAUUUGUAUGUCAAUGGCAAGAUUUUGUACCAACCGAACCAAGCACAAACGCAGAAUGGGUACCAAAGACCUGUCAAUUUCUUGUAUAUGCAUCCACAGAGUGGUACCCAGAAGUUCAUCCCGCAGGCUCCUUUACUGCGACCCAUGGGGUACCGGAGGUUCCACCCCCCGCAACCCCACCAAUUGCAGAAGAUCACCAAACCGAUGAAUGUUCCAGAAGUGGUCGAAGAACAAUCCGAGGAGGAACCAGCUGAAGAAAAUGUUGAAAACAACAAAGAAGAAGAAGUUGAAGAGGAGGAGGAGAAUGAUAAGGAAAGCGAAGAAACCGACGACGAUGAUCACUAUUUCAGUAAAUACUCGUUUGAUGAAGAUGACGAUGACCAUGGGGGCUACCGGGAAGAAGACGAUGACGAAGACAAUGAAAGGGGUUCCUCUAGAACGGUACCGAAGAAACACAAGAAGAAAGGGAAACCUGCGAAGUACUCCAAAAGUAACAAUUACAAAUACAGCGAAAAUUACAGUACCAGUAGUAAAUACGAUAAAUCUGGGAAAAAGGGGAAGAAAACUGGAAGACCGGCCCCUAAAAUGCACUACAAGUCCGUCAAAUACGUCAAGGAGGGAAACAGUAAACCAAAAUACGAGAAAAUCGAAGGAAAACAAUCACAAAACGUGCCCGUUGUCCAUAAACAAAAAAUUUUCAGAGAGAAAUGGUUCGUCACGAAGAGUACCGAUGACUCAAUCACGAAAUAGUCUUUUAAUUUGUAGUUUUUUAUAUUUUUGUUACGUGCUAUAUUAAGUGUUAUUUCUCUUGUAUUGUUUUUAUUGUUAUUUAAUAAAUACAGUUAACAUA